AUGCCCAUGGGACUCGUCGAGAUCCCAGAGCUCGAUCCCUGGACACUUACGAGGGCUCUUACCCACCGAUCUGGUGUCAAGGAGCACGCAGACUCGUACGAGGAGCUUGAACAAAUUGGCGACGCUGUACUGGAGCUUUUCGCCGUCCUUCUUAUCCAUGGUUACAGCCUCCUACCCCCGAUCUCCAAGCGCGCUCAUCGUCAGACCAGAGAUUGA